CCUCAGUAGAUCAGCCAGUCUGCAGGCAGCCGCUGAGAAAACAAGUCGUUUUAAUAAAGGAGGUCAUGGCAGCAGGAAGGAUGAGGUCCACCCGCAGGCUUCGCUCCUGGAUAGUCGAGCAGGUCAGCAGCGGGAAAUAUCCGGGCGUAAUGUGGGACGACGAUGCUAAAACCAUGUUCCGCAUUCCCUGGAAGCACGCAGGGAAACACGACUUCCGUCAGGACGAGGACGCCGCUCUGUUCAAGGCCUGGGCUGAGUUCAAAGGGAAGCUGUCAAAGGGAGAGAACAACCCCGCCGCGUGGAAAACCCGGCUGCGCUGUGCUCUCAACAAAAGCCCAGAGUUCAAGGAGGUGAUGGAGCGAGCCCAGCUGGACAUCUCAGAGCCGUAUAAGGUGUACCGCCUGGUCCCCAUCAGCGAGCAGGGUGUGUUGACACCUGAGACUAAAAGCAAAGAAAAAAACAGCAAGAAGCACAAGAGGAAGAGCAGCGACUCUGACAGCAGCAGCAGCAGCAGCAUCAGUCAGGACAAACGGGUCAAAACAGAAGAGGUGACCUCUCAGCUGCAUGUGGACGAAGAUCUGCUGCAGGACAACAAGCCGGCCCAGUCAGAUGGACCCUCCCAAUGCAGCUCUGUGGAUGAGAUCAGGUUGGAUGUUCGGAUUGAGGAGAGUCUCCCCGCUACUCAGGGAGACCAGGACUCCUUCAGCGUGGCGGUUCAUUAUAUAGGUCAGGAAGUGCUGAAACGCUCCAUCUGCGGGCCUGAUGUUCGCAUCGUGUACCUGCCUUCCUCCUCCAUUCCUCCAACUCCGGCCGCUAUGAACGUCAGGUUCCCUCGCAUCCUUCUGCCGGAGCCGCCGUCCACGCUGCCGGCCGGUGGGGAGCUGCAGGCGCUCUUCACUCUGCUUCCCUUCAUGGAGAAGGGGAUCCUGCUGACAUCCACGCAGCAGGGAGUAUACGGCAAGAGGUACUGCCAGGGUCGGAUCUUUUGGACGGGGCCGCACACUACCACCCCUGGCCUUCACCGCAUGGAGCGGAACACGGAGCCGGUGCUCCUCUUCAGCAAAGAGAUCUUCAAGCAGCAGCUGGACGAUUACCGAGCCAAUGGCGGCGAGCCUCCUCAGUGCGGCUUCACUCUGUGUUUUGGAGAGGAGCUCAGCAACGCUGAAGAUCCAUCUCACAAACUGAUCAUAGUUCAGAUCACCCUUCCAUGGGCGGAGCAGCAGGUGGAGGACGCCCUGUCUUUCUACAACACCAUCUCAGUCUUCCGGACGUUGGCCAGCCAGUCUCCGCUGGGAGAGAUCACCCUCAACCUCGUCACGGUGCCACCCUCCGAGCUGGUCGCCUGUCAAACCCCCUGAGGGCUCCAGAGAGCCGUCUCUCCAAACCAAGCAUUCCCAGCUGAAACCACGCUGACACAUCUGGAGCUUAAAAGCUGAUGUGAAAAUAAAAGCCUCUGUUUAAGGCUGAAAAGACAGACCUAAAGCUUUUAAAGAAAAAUCUGUUUAACUUUGCAGCUAAGAGCUUUGGGGUAAAAAUUCUCCAACUGGGAUCAAAGCUUUGGAAACACUACAAAAAGAAAAAAAAAGUUGGAGGUGAUCUUUAUAAGGAAAACAAUAGUUUAUCUUUGCCUUUUUGUUAAGGUGCUCCAAAGACUUUUUAAAGGAUGAUAAAAAGUUAAACUGCCGUUUAAAAACAAGCAUGUUUAUCGUACUGUACUAUAUCCAAUCAUAGCGUAGAUUCAUAGCUGCCGCCAUUAGAGCAGAUUAGCAGGUUACUUCUCUGUUCAGUUCUAGUGUGAAAGGAGCACUUUUAAAGCUUAGUGUGAAACACAAACUCUUGUUUUUCUGUUAUAUCUUCUGUUAGAUCUUUUUACUGUGAACUUUAUUAAAGUAGAGCUCAGUUCCUGCAUAGAUUUUCUAUUUCAAAUUUGAUUUAUUUUUCCCACAUUCAGAGGAUUAAUUAACUGAUUUUUUUUCAGACUUAAGAGAAGCUGACAGCUACUGCAGAGUAAAAUAAUCUGAACAGUUUGAAAUAUGCUGAAUGUGAGGCACAUUUUGGUGAGUAGUUCUAUUCAGGCAGAGUACAAUGCAACAGCCCAUUAGAAAGUGAAGUUCUGGCUUAAGUUUGUUAUUUAAAUGUACUAUUUUAUUAAAAGUUUGCAUUUUUAUUCAUGUUUUAGCAUUUAUUUAAUCCUGGGGUCCGUUUCAUGAAGCAGGUUUACCGAAAACUCUUAGUUAAACCUGAAAUCAGAGUUUUCCGUUUCACUGUUUAUUGAACCUCUGUUUCAGUCACCAUAGUAACA